AUGUUCCUCGGGCGGUUUCUCGCAAAGGACGAGCAGCCCAAGAAGGUCGCGGAGGGAUCCGAGAAGCGCCUCCGAACGCCCAGCGAGCAUCUGAAUGUCCUUGCGAAGGACGGGGGCGGGCCGGAGCUGGCAACAACACCCAGGGACGUCGCCAAAGCGCUCUACGGAUUCCACAGCGAGCAUCCCGAUGAUCUGAGUUUUGACCGAGGCGACCCGAUCUUGAUCUUGCGCAAAGACAACGAUUAUGUGUGGACCGGACAGAACCAGCGAACGCAGCGACAGGGCGCAUUCAUGUGCAAGUACGUUGCCUCGGAUCCACCUGCAGUCCCCGGUGCAUACCCAUCUGCCAGCAGCAUCGACAGCCAUUCCACAUCUCCGGGAGUAUCAGACAACCCGCCACCCAAGGUGCCGCCGAGACCUCGAGGACCACGCAGUCGGCCGCCAAGCCCGUGUACCAUGUCGUCGUCCACCAACCCCAACGAGGAUGCCGCAGAACAGCCGGCCCAGGGCCUCGGGAGCAAAGAAUCGCCUCAGAGCAUCGAGUCAAACGUCUCCUCGAUCGGAAUAUACGUCGACGAGAGCCCAUCCGUCUGCUCGGUUCGCUCGGUGUCAUCAGCCUUCCACGAACCCGCAAUGUCUUCGACCAUCCCAAAUUAUCUGGAGGACUUUGAUGCCGACGAAUCGGAUCGGGCGCUGCUCAUCAAAGAGUCGAAUCUCGCAGCCGUCGACACGGCCGCAACGCAUUGUCCUGUCCAACAUCAGACCACACCGGCCCAGUUCGCCGCGGCUGUUCUCACCCGACCUUUCAAGUCGAACAUCCAGAAGCUGCGAGCGAUAUUCUUUUGGAUCUCUCAGUUUGUUCAGUACGAGCGAGAGGAUACCCCCGAUGAUCCGCAAUCGGUCCUGCUGAAACGCAAGAGCGGACGCAGGGGAUUCGCUGCACUUUUUCAGUCCUUGGCUCAGGCUGCCGGCCUUGACUGCUACCUAAUCGAUGGAUACUACAAAAAGUCUGGUUGGGAGAUCGGAAGCACCGACAAGAUCGUCACGAACCACGCCUGGAAUGCUGUGCGACUGGGAGAUCGAACAUGGCUGAUCGAUAGCGCAUUGGCCACACGUUCGCACCCGCUCCACCGGCACCACAUUCUCGACCCAACCUAUCUGCCAAACUCGCCUGCUCCAAAGUGGGCCUUUGACAGGGACUUUUACUUUCUCUGCCCGCCGGUGCAGCUGGCCUACACACACCUUCCUGGCACGCCAGACUACCAGUUCCUCGCCACGGGCCCGAUCUCGCCGCAGACCUUUGCGCCUCUCCCGAUCUACACGCCAGUGGCAUACCAGCACCGAAUCCGACUGCUCUUUGACUCGCUCACGGACUGCAGCUGCUACGGAGGAUACAUCCAGGUUCCCAUCAGCCCAGCCCUGGCCAACCAGCCCCGCAGACUCAAGAUCCAGUGCAUCGACGGCACCGGGGCGUUUAGCGAACUUGUGCUCCGAGGAGAGGAGAAGAAGCUGGGCCGCACGAGACGAACGAUCUGCCAGGGUGUCUACCAGAAAGCGCUUUGGUCGCCGGAGGGAUCAAAUGAAGCCAAGGAUCAGCCAUCCCAAAGCAGCGCUGCUGCUUCUGCUGCUGCUACUGAUGCAAAGAUGAAAGAGUUUGAAAUCGAGUUCAAGACCCUCGGUCUCGUCCGCGACAAUUGCGACGGUAUCUUAAAUGUGUACCUUGGACCCCGGGUGACAAAUAAUCCGCUGAACACCAAUCCGUACUCCCUGGCCAUGACGCUGCGGCUGCACUUCACGCCGACUGAUGCUUCCAAGUCGCUGCCACAGUCCCAUUCGCAAGGAAGGCUGGAUCAUCUUGCCAGCAACAAUGUACCGGCCGGCGACGCCACCAAGGACGAGUACAUCACGCUUCACUACAACCCAAUCGAAUUCGCGGUGCUCUCGCCGCUGUGCGUCAACUUGUCAUCUACCGAGCGACAGUCGUUCCUACUGCGCCCCGUGGCUCCCUGCCCGGACGGACUGGCGCCGGCGAGGGUGUUCUUGAGGAGCCCAAGCGGGGCGCAGGUGCCCUUCACAUUCGAUAUUGGAUGGAAGUACAAGGAAGGGCCGACCUACGAGCUGAUUGAUGAGAAAGUCAAGGAGCCCGGCAUAUGGCAGAUCGUCUAUGGCCUGGAGAAGGGUGGCUUUGCUAUUAUUACAUGGUAUCGAGUUCGAUGAAGCAUAUCCAAAUCUCAACCUCGAUAGGAUGGGCGAAGCGGAAAGCAAAUCCAUUGAAGGAAAUGGCCGGCUCUGGAUGAUAGCCGACCGGGCAAAGGAAGGUGCGGACAGGGGCCAGGAAGGCAAGUUAAAUCAAUAAAGAGAC